UUUGAGGUUAUAGUCACACAACACAAAUCGCUAAUCCGACACAUUUACGGCCAAUUUUUAUGAUUCUUUUUCAGCGAUCGUGAUUUUAGAAAUUCUUCGGUGCUCGAGUUUUAUCAAUAGCUAUAAUUGUAAUGACCUCCAGCAGAGACCGUCUAUUGAUCGUUGCCAACGAGCAGGACAGUUGCGUUUGCAAAGAAGUCUCAGGUAAUGAAGAUCAAGUCACCUCAAUCAUAGAGAAUGUUCGUUUACUCAAAGUCAUUGAGUCCAGCGAUUCUACAGUUACAGAUUCUGGUCAGGUUUCUACCGUAAAGCAUCUAAAUCUAUCUAAUUGCCAAUUAAGAACCAUUGAUCCCAGUUUGGCACUGCUGACUAAUCUCUCGGAACUUGACUUGUCUGGAAACAAAUUGUCUGCUCUGCCGGAGACGUUAGUUGCAUUAAGGAAACUGCACACAUUAAACUUGUCUGGAAAUUCUUUUGAAAUCACCCCGGAUAUUGUGACCAAACUUGGCUUUUUAAGGAAACUGGAUCUCUCCAAUAAUCCUUUGAGUAGUUUUGAAGUUUCCUUGAACUGUUUAGGUUCUCUGAAGUGGCUGAAUCUAAGCUGCACUAGAUUACAGCGCUUGCCCAAAUGGUUGUUCACAGACAGUCGAGUCUUGUUGGAAGUUUUAAUUUUAUCUCAAAAUCAGUGUUUCUCUGAACCCAUUGAUGCGGAUGUACUGUAUCAUUUUGGGCACUCUCUCUCAUUUUUCUCGAAAUCGUUGAAAGAACUGGACCUAACGUCAUGCCGUGCCUCUUCGAAAGACCUUAACAUAAUUUCUUAUUUUGAUAACUUACAGUGUUUAAAAAUUGGGAACAAGAAAGACAUAGAGUACUGUCAGUCCAAGCUGAGGAACUGUAUGUGGGAUCUGCCACCUUCGCUUCUCUCAAAUAAAAACAUGUUAGCCAGUCUUGUUUCACUUCAUAUUUCAGAUUCUUCCCUGUCAACUCUCUCCGAGGAUAUUUAUUUAUUGUCAUCUCUUAAAGAACUAGAUAUAUCGUAUAAUGAGCUUAAUUGGUUACCCAGUAGUUUUCCAAAGUUAAUUAAUUUAGAAGUCCUCAACUUAUCACACAAUCAACUCUCAUUGCUUCCAUGGAACUUUUCUAAUCUAGUGAACCUUAAAAAAUUAUUUGUCAGUCAUAAUAAAUUAGAUACCCUACCUGAAGGCUUCGACAAAUUAGAACUGCUGGAGUAUGCUGAUUUCUACUCAAACAACAUAGAAACAUUCCCGCAAGAUGUGAUAGAAUCCUUAGUCUCCAAUCAUCUAAUAGGGUUUGAUUUGGCUUGGAAUAACUGUUGUCCAUUCUCCUGUGAUAUCUAUCCUCUACUUCAAACAAAAUAUCGCUCAUCAUUUGUGAUGAAUGAAGCCCGUGAGAAUACCAGAUGUCCUAUCAUAGAGAUUCCAGAUAAUUAUAGUGACUCCUCCAGCUACUCCUCGUAUGAUGGAAAUACACCUCCAAUAGAAGUAGAGCAUGAGCCCCAUGAUAUCGAGGAAGAGAACUGGGAUGACGAGUAUUCAUUCGAUGAAAGGUUUGAUCCAAAUCUUUCAAAUCUUGGUUCACGGCCGGCCAGUGUUCUUUCUACAUAUGACGCUAGAGGACCUACUCCGCCAGUAGGGUACCACAUUCGAGAUGACAUUGGACCCUUGUAUUAUCCUCCUUCCCAGAUGCCUUUUUGUCCUUCGGACAGCCAUCCGCCAAGUAUUCGGAAAAGCAAGCAGUCAGUACCUGAAAACUGUCCCCUUCAAAUUGACAGCGAACAAUUUGAAGAUGUGUAGAUUUCGAAAAAAGGCGUAAGAAUGCUAAUAACUUCUUUAAAUAAUGUACUAUUUUUUUUCAUACCAAUGAUUAGACUGUUAAGUUUUUUUUUUCUUUUUGUCGUCCUUUUGCCCAUAUAUUUGAGUACCUUUUCACAAUUUAACAUUAUUUUGGAGUAAACCAUCCAAUUUCUGUGAAUUCUCUUUUGUGAAUGUACCCCUACUGACAAAAAAAAAAAAAAAAAUUGUCACAGAUUGAAAUGAGUUUGAUGGACUUUGAAACAAGGUCUGGCAUCAACUUGCGUAAUUUUGUAAGUUAUUCAAUUCAAUGUUUUUAGUCAGUUUAAUCCGAGAAAUACUUCAGUAAAAUUGCCUCUUUGUUCCUUUUCAUUGAACACAAAUGAACAGGGCCAGUGGCCGAAAUCAUCGGUGACUUAAUAAUUUCAGUUACUACAAUCCCUUGCAGAAUCUCGAAAUGAUGUCUACACUGUCAGUCAUUUGAUAACAUGACCGUAAUGCUAUUCUUUCUAUCUGUUCCGCCCAAGAAAAUUUAAAAAAUACUGAUCAAAUCUGUUCAUUCGAAAACGACUCAUCUCAUUUUUCUCUUAGGCUUUUCUUAAUCAUCUCUUUUAAUCACGAUACUUUCAAUUUUUACCACCAAAAAUUGUAUUUAAGAUCUCAAUUGUAUUUUCUCAAAGAGGAAAAAUACAAAACACUUUUUGUUACUGAGAGGAAAGAUUUUCUAAAAAAAGAGGUUCAUGGUUUUUUGGCUGGAUAGAUUCAUCAUUCGAUUGACUGAAUGGGAUUAAUCAAAUUUUAUGUUGGAAGAUCCCUCUGUACAAAUCCAUGCCCUGUUUGCAGGAAUUAACCAUUAAAGCAAGUCCUUGUCAAAAGUCAAAAUGUAAUAGUAAAAGCAUUCAUCUUUUUUUAGCUCUGACCUGCCUGACUAUUUCUGCUAAACGGAACUAUAAGCGCCGUAAGGAGAAAAA